AUGGCCACCGCGGCGGCUGCUGGCGCCCGCCGCGCUGGCCGCGCUGGCCGCCGCGCAGCGCCGGCUGCUGGCCGCGCUGGCCGAGCUGCGGCGCGGCGACGCGUUCCAAAGAAAAGGAAAAAACCAAAAGCAAAAACGCACCAAGCGCCCGAGGUCGACGACGGCCUCCCGAAGGACUACGACGAGUGGCAACGGCAACGGCAACAAUUAAAUAAAUAUUUCCACAUAAUUCCGCAAAAACAAAACGCACCGAACAUAUUACUCAUGGAUACGACACUGAAAUCCGGAAAAAAAUUAGUUCAACUUUUGCAUCAAUCGUCCGAUGCGAACAUUAAAAAUUCAUCUACUUGUAAAAGCGACCCCCAAAGAACACUGAUUAAAACUGUUGGAGUAAAACCACAAACAAAAGUUGUGAAAGGAUCGAGUGCACUCGCUAAGUGCACAAAUAGUACGACUGUUGUUGAUGAAACUACACAAAUCGAGCUUACUCGAGCCGCAAAUCAGAACUCAACAACUAAUCUGAUUCAAGGUUCAACUCAAGAGACAGAUCGAAACCAAGUUACGGACCGAAAUAAACUCCUCAAAGAAACUGAAAAUAUUAACAUAAGUAAGGAAAUAGCCAUACUGCGUCCACCAAUGAAUGUUGAUCAAAAAGAACCAACGCACAAUAUAGUAACACAACUGGUUACAAAUCAACCUGAAGUUAACAAGGGCCAACUAAUGAUUGUUGACAGCCCCGAAACAAGUCAAUGUGAUCAGAAUCACUUGGUUGCAACUCAACUCACGAAUAAACCUGGAGGUUCGUCUAUGAAAACUCCUCCUUGGAUUAAACAGAACCAAGAUGUAAGCACAACUGAUAAUAUGUUGUUAAAUAUUACACCCGCACAAAACACACAGACCAAUUCGGAUCAAAAUCAAACUAUUACAAACCAGCCUACUUUACCAACAUUUUUGCGAAUACAAAUAAACCAACAAAAUCCUAAUCAAUACCUUUCCGUCGGUCAAAACAUACAACCAAAUUUAGUUGUCAACCAGCCCGCAGUUAUGAAUUUUCAAAACCUAGUACCAACGAACCAAUUAAUCGAUCAAAGUGGUCAUCAAGUCAAUCAUUCAGUUAUCAUGGUUGCACCAACUCAAAAUUUUCUAUUUACGCAACCGAAUCAGAAUUUGGGUCCUAAUCAGAAUUUGGGUCCUAAUCAGAACGGGGAGCAAAAUAAUUUGUGCCAAAAUAUUAAUGUUGCCCAACAUUUAAACUUGAAUAAAAACCAAAUUGAAAUUACUCCAAUUUCUGACGUAAACUCCCUUAAACGAAAACGUCCGAAAUCACCCGUACUUAAAGAACCGCUUUCGAAAAUCUGCAGCCGAAUGAUUAACACAACAAACAACUCCAAAGAUUAUGACCCUAAUUGGUUCAAAAAACCUUUUGGAAAUCUUGAUAAACCUAAAAAGAAGGUUAAAGAAGGAAAUUCGAGGGAUAUAGAAUCAGUUGUUGAAAGAGAUACAAAUAUGCCCGUAAUAAAAAAUGUCAUUUCACUCUCUGAAAGCUAUGUGAAUAGUCAGAGUUUACGAAAUAAUAAUAAUGCCAUUGGGUCGAAAUUACAAGAUCUUGCUUCAAAAUCGGUCGGAGUGAUGGUAAAACAAACUAGUUUUCCUACCACGAGUGGAAAAAUUGUCCAAAUAACGAAUUUGUUACGCGUAAACAAAGUAACGUACUUGACAAGAAAUUAA